AUGUUUCAACCUCCAGUUGGUAAUAUAGAUCUAGAAGCUCUCAGCGGUAUUUGUGGAUCCAUAUCCAUUGCGUGUUGGGUUGUUGUAUUUUCUCCCCAGAUCAUAGAGAAUUUCCGUCGUGGAUCAGCAGAUGGCCUCUCACUUCUCUUUCUUGUUAUCUGGUUAGCGGGCGAUGUAUUCAAUAUCCUCGGGGCUGUCCUGCAAGGCGUCCUGCCGACAAUGAUCAUUUUGGCCGUGUACUACACGCUCGCCGAUAUUGUCUUGUUAGGCCAGUGUUUCUACUAUCGAGGAUUCACCCUGAGCGAUGAACCGUCACCACCGAGCUCGCGCCUCCAAGAAUCAGAUGCCGAAGACCAGCCUUCGUUUCCUGGAAAGGUAUCAGAGCGAACAACUCUACUAUCCGCAAAGGCGAAUGAUCAUUCCUACCAGGCGCAGCUCCAAGAGCACACGGGAAACGGAUACCCAACGCCAGGGCCGUCCGGUCAACAGCCCUUCCCACACCAUCAAAACCACAGGAGACACUCCGCAACCUCCUUCAGGGAUAUUCUCCACUCCAACGUGGAUGGAACACACCUCUCUCCCGUGACACCUUUUGUUGAACCCUCGGUGAAGGAGGUACGUCCUGUGCGCAGACUCUCCGCCCUCCAAAACGCCCUAUUCAAACUCUCCACCGUUGUCUUAGUCUGUGCCGCCGGUGUACUUGGCUGGUAUGUCAGCCCUGGAUCAUCAAAAGGCGAAGAUAAACAGGAUGACAGCGGGUCUCUCUCCUUCGAUAUCCUGGGUCAAGUAUUCGGCUACCUAUGUGCAGCCCUGUACCUUGGAUCUCGUCUGCCCCAGAUCUUACUCAACUACCGACGGAAGUCCACGGAUGGUGUAUCCUUGUUAUUCUUCCUCUUCGCUUGUAUUGGCAACUUAACUUACGUUCUUUCUAUACUUGCUUAUUCCCCUGUCUGCAAGGGGGAGUACACCCAAGGAAGAGUCAGCCAAUGUCGACCUGGCGAAGCUGCUGCCCUGUAUGGUCGGUAUAUACUUGUGAACUUAUCUUGGUUAAUCGGGAGCUUAGGAACACUAUUCCUGGACAUGGUCAUCUUUGUGCAAUUCUUCUUGUAUCAAGACAAUGGGUACGGCGAGACUGAGGGAACUAGUGAGGAAACUUUGAGGGGAUGA